AUGCAAGCGACACUGUCUUUGGCGCCCAGAACGGGCGGCCUUGCCGUCCGCGUCGGGACCUGUCUUCCGUCUUCCGCCUCCCGCUCUCAACCAGCUGCGACGGACCCACAGACAAACGCAAGGCCAGCAAUCGAAGGACAAUGCUGCAUCUCGACGCUGAGCGUGUCAGUGGGCUGUUGGGGCAUUGUUAGCCUUGAGAACCCCAACCCAACCCCGUGCGACGGCAGAUGCAGUCGGAAUAACAAGUUGUCCACGACUUCGCAAGGACGAAGCCGGUAUCCGCCGCCUGCAUCUCGCGGCUUGCAUACGCCGCUGUACCUACCGGCUCUUCUCACCUCAUUUGUAAGACUCUGCUGCCCGUCGAAUCAAGAAGAUCCACCUCGGCUUGAGCUCGCGACCCAAUAUCAGCCUAUGCUUCUCGUCCCUGUGGUCUUCGCGAAUUGCCGCUGGAACUGGAGGAGAGAGGCUGCGGUCGAUUUUGUCAGCCACAGAGCACUGAGGUUGGUUUGCGUGACGUUCCCUACUGUCACCCGAAAAGCAACUAUUUCCUACACAUGUAUACCCCACUUAACUGCAGACAGUUCAACCCGGAAGCUGCGUCGUUUAGACCCCGAACGUGACCGCGGCGAGCCCGUGAUUUUGAAGACCAUCUGGUUUCCACUACCCAUCGAGACGACGCGGACAGAUACUUCGGAAGCGGAAGCAUGUGGCCACCCCAUGUUGUGGACGUCCUCUGGCACUGCGCAUGUCCAAUCCUUUGGACAGGAGUCGCAAUCGCACGCCAUGCGUUUCAUCCAGCACCAACGAUGUUGUUUUGGGCCAAUCUCCCCAUCAACGGCUUGGACGGGCCGGUUUCCCCUUCUCAAUCGCCAGUACGCUAAACCUUGCACCCACCUACACCAUUAUUAUGCGCGGAAAUAUGAUUAUCAGAAAUAA